UUGAACCGGCUGCGAAAUAUGUCGAUUUGACAUACAAAGCCAGCGAUGACCCAUAUACUGAGUACCGAGCUAUGAAAUUGAAUAAACCAGGCAUCGAUCUUACUGGCGAGUACACAUGUGUUAUAUCUACAUUCGAAGAUGAACGAACGGCAAAUGCAUCAAUGAUAGUGUACUCAACAGAGGAAAAGUUCGAUCUUGUAUACAGGAAAAAGGCUGUAAAUAACAAAGAUGGAGUCGAAAUAACAUGUCUGGCGGAAGGACUUUACCCUCAACCGACUUUAGAUAUCUCUAUCGAAGAUAUUCCAGAAGAGCAAAUUGGAAAUCCCACCGUAACGUUGCGUGAGGAUGGACUGUAUAAUAUUUUAUCACGCGUUGCCUUAUUGGAUGAAGAUUUACCGGAAGCAACAAUUGUCAAAUGUUUACUCAGUAUACCGAAGGCAACGUAUAAUGUGUCUCGCAAAACUGUCUAUUAUACUGGAACGUUUACUACUACAUCAACUACUACAACGAAGCUACAUCGUAAAAUGGAAAUCCAAGCCUUAGACAAAUCAGAAUCUGAUAAUAAUGAUGAUAACUCUGCUGGCUACGUGUCAAUUAAUCUUCCAUUAUUAUUUAUACAAUUAGCAAUUUUCAUUUCAUCAAUAAUUCAAUAGUUUUGCUACAAAAGUGAUACUACCGAUGACACCAAAAUAUAAUGAGAAUUAUACCAAUAUUUUGAACAAGAUGACAAGUGCGGCUAUGAAGAAAAUCGUUUCGAUUCUACAUCGAACAUUUUAUUGUAUUAUAAAUACAUCCACAUAU